ACACUCAGAUGCCUGGAUGCGGAGAGCUAUCGCGUACCUCGGCCUGUGCGAGCAGUUCCUGGCCUUGUGCGCGGUGAGGGGGCAGUUCUUACCACCACCCGAGAUGCCCCCUCUCCCCUCCGCCGUCUGGCUGUUAACGGUGUACAGCCAUGACAUCCUGGCGCGGCUGGAGGAGUACAAGGCCAGGAUGACGUCAACCUUCGGGUCCAUCUUAAAGAUGGAUUCCACUAAGAAGGUGACGAAAAAGCUCGCAGGUACCGCUGCAGACACGGCCGCCUGGGUUACCAACGUGGGUAACGAGCACGGGCAGGUCCUCAUCAGUGUCCUCACCUGCUCCGAGGGCACAGAGGGCCUGUCCCCCAUGGCGGCCGGGUUGAUCAGGCGGUACCGACUCGCCGAGGUACCACCCCCCCAGCUGAUCUACGUGGAUCGCGACUGCUGCAGCCGAGUCGGCGUGUCAAAGACAGCUGCCUUGUUUCAGGAGUGGGGACAGCUCGUGGUGAGACUGGACAUCUGGCACCUGAUGCGGCGCUUCGCAUCAGGUGUCACCACAGAGACCCACGAGCUGUACGCCCCCUUCAUGAGGCAGCUGUCUCAUUGCAUCUUCGAGGUGGACUCGGGAGAUGCCCGCCGUCUCACGGAGGCUAAGCGGUCUCAGCUGGAGGGGCAGCACGGGAUGGUUGGCCUGACUGACGCCGAGGUCGUCAGGAGGAUCUCCAGGGAGGAGUGGAGGCUCCACUGUCGUUGACGGACACGUGGAGCUGAGGAGUCGACACUCCUUAUCCAGGACCUCCUAGAGACCUUCGGCGGACCAGCCGGGCGCAACAUCCUGGACAUCCCGUUGCUGGAUGCU